AUGAAGUGGAAACAUUACCAACAGCAGGCCGAGAAGUAUAAUCUCGAUCGGCAGAAUCACCCUGUUGGCGCGUCUCUUUCCAUAAUUCACAACCUUAUGGCCGCAGCACGUGUCUACUGUCGUGUCCGAGGUGUUAUUUAUCGAGGUAGAACGGCUAUGAUACUAGUAUUCGGCGAGGAUGAUGACAGGCGAAGGGAUUCGAAAGGAGCUCGGGGGAUCAAGCCACGGUGGUUCGAAGUCGACGGCGAGGAUUACGAUCCAGAUGUAGAGCUUGACAGCGAGGACGAGGAGUUUCCCGACGCCCUCGAUGAGCACCCGAGUUUCAGUGAGGAAGAUCCGUACAAAGUUCUUGCCGAUCAACGGGUCGCGAUGAAUGAGGAAGAUAUAGGGUUCCGCUUCAUACUACAACAGAUUUGA